AUGCGAGCCUUUCCACCGGCUUGGCCCAAGCAACCGGAGGCUUUCACUGUGGUGAAGCAGGCUGACGAUCUCUUGUUGAAGGAAGAUCUUUGGCUAGCUGAUGCCCGAGACUUCCUGCGGAAUGGCCCUCAAUGGCCCAUGGCAGACAUGUCCAAGGCUCCACGCACAGAGCUGCCCCGGCGCCUGCAAUCGGUGAACUUCUUGGCGUGGCAGAAAGGCCAGACCUCCCAAUGGUUGGUUGCUGGGUUGCUGGGAACACCUUGGAGGGUUGAAACAAGCGUGAUUCAUCUUCCACCAAGGCUUGAGAUGUGGAAGAUGUCGAAGACGUGGAAUUGGGUGGUUUUCCUUGGUCCCGUGUGA